AUGGCGUGCUCCCAAGAGUCCCACGCACAUCGUGAGGAAGACGAACUCUCCUUGCCAGAUGAUGUUGGUUCAGAAGCAGAAACCCAGGCAGAUGUUCUCCAGGGGUUCUUUGCAAAUGUGUUGCCUGCUGCUGCGGUAGCCGCGGGGCAAACAGGCUUCACAACUCCACAGCAAGAGCCGCCGCUUGACUCGGACGGUGAGGUGAUCGGUUCGCCCAAGGCUGCCAGUCCGCUUUGUGAGGGCUCACAGCCUUUGAAAAGGCUGUGUGCCAGCUCCCACUUGGGUUCGCCUCGGCCGCCUCUCGCCGAGAAGAAGAAGGCAAAGGCUAAGGCUAAGGCGCCGAAGAAGGUUCCCGCAAGCAGCGUCAAAGCCAAGAAGCGUCCUGCCGCAGCGAAAGGCCCGAAAGGCCCCAACACUGGACCCUCCGACCCUGAGAAGCCUCUCUCGAAGGCUCGCGUGGCCUCUGCCAGUGUGCCAAAGCGGUCCUACGUGCAGGCAAAGUCCAGCCCAGGCGGCCGCUUCCGCCUCAUCAUCGAGUUCCCCGAGAGGAAGUAUGCCAACCACCGCGAGCUGGCCAUCCAUGUGCGUGACAAGAUAGAGAGUGAGCAGCUGACCUACACUGCUGCUCGUGCUUUGAAGGUGCCUGCUGCUCCCGGGUCCCUCAUGACAGACUCCAUGAGCAUAUCGUUGCCCUCUUCUGUGUGCAGUGAGCAGUGCUGCAGCCCUGUUUCUGCUGCGGAUGAUAGUCGUGCACAGACAGAUGUGGACCUGCAGCGUCCUGGAAGCACCGCUCUGACUGUCGCAGAGGUGGAACUUCCACCUGAUGUCUCAGGCGAUGAGGGGGCUGAUUCUGAUGUGCUGGAAGACUGCUGUGAGAGUGACAGUGACGCUCCUUGCCUCUUGGAUGAGGGUGAGUUGGACUCAGACCCAGAGUGUGCUGACCCACCUGUCAAUGUGGAUCGUCCUCAAGAAGGACAGCGUGUCAAAGUUCCCUCACCAGCAGUUGCCAGUGACUUGAACCCGAAGGUUGAUGGAUACCAAGACAUAGCAGAAGUGUACUCCCCAGCGCGCACGCUCCCACUUGCUUGGCAACUGGGCCUUUGUGGAAACCUCUCCCUUGACCUCGCCACGGGCUGGGACUUUCGCGAUCCACGCAACCGCCAGCUAGUCUUGGAACUCCUGGGCAGACUGCAGAUUCUUUUCUGCAUUGUGUGCCCGCCAUGCAGAGCCUUCAGCGAGCUUCAAAGACUCUGGAAUUUCCGGAGGCUCCCUGUGGAGAGAGUUCGUGCCAUCAUGGAUGAAGGGCUUGAGUACUUGAGCCAUGCCAUGCAGAUAGCCGAAGCCCAGGUGAGUGCUGGGAGGUUCUUUGUGUUUGAACAUCCUUACCGGGCGUCCAGCUGGGCCACUCCUGUUGUCCAACGUGUUCUUGCACUUCCAAAGGACGCAGUGGCGCCAGUGACCCCGUCAACGUUGCCUUGCCCGGUAGAUGCAGAUGUGUCUAUAGAGGCCCCUGAUGAGGACAAGUUUGUCCAGGUGAUGUUGGGCGACUUGACUGAUGUCUUUCAGAAGUUUGGUGGACCGGCCCAGUACUUGCAGCAGAAACUUGUGACAGAGAAAGACAGGACAGCCUUCAGGAACUACCUGCAGCAGCUGCUGCCUGAGCGGGACGACUGGCUCUACGUGGAAGACGCUGACCUUCCCAAGGUCAAGGACCAUGAGAUGGCCCAGCAGCUGCCCCAGACUGUGCACAUCGCCAGCCUGGGCUUCGACAGUGCUUGCAGCUUGAAGCCCAGCCCGGGACUGAGUGUGGCGAACCAGUUGCUUGAGCACUACUUGAGGGACGGCUUUGUUACCGCCUCAGAGCCUUUGCUCAUCACACAGGAUGUCCAGUUUCCCGCUGGCCUCAACCCUCCGCUGCAUGCUCACACGGGCCUGAAGUGCUUCAGCUUGGGCUAUGUCAAAGGCAUGGCCCGUGCAACUACAGCCUUGGCUUUGCUCCACCGUGCUUGGGUGCAGUCCUGGGACUUGCAGUCCUGCCACAAGAAGCUCUGGGAGUCCCUGCAGGUUGUGCAUGUGCACCACCUGGAGACAGGAAGCAAGGUGGAAGAGGGCUUGAAAAACAUGCAGUACUCUGCGCGUGGCAGCGUGCGCAAGGCCAACAGCGUGAUACAGAUUGUCAAGAUGAUCCAGGCCUUGCUGCAGCAUGGCAUGCAGGACUUCUCGGUUUUCGUGCGGCAGUGGAACGCGAUGGCCCCCUCCAGCCAUCGCCUGGUGGGUAAGAAAGCCCAGGCGUUGAAGCUUCUGUUUGACUCGGCCCCGCAGGUUGUCUUGGACCUCGUGGUGCAGCACGUCGGGCGCUGUGGUUGGGAACUGUGCGCUUGGUCAGACGACAGCCUAGCCAGCAAGAAACUGUACCCUGGCCACCAGUUUCCUGCGAAGACGAAGGUUUGGCUCGCCCGCUUGAAAGUCUCUGACGAGAGCAUGCUGCUGUUCGGCCAGCGCGUGCAUUCGUCGCACGACAAGAAGCCCGACUACUUGCGGAAGGUGAAGGACGACCAGGCAGCCAUGGAAGCCUUGGCUGAGCGUGCAGCCUUCAUCUGGCACUGUGGCCAGGAGUUCCUCCAGCAUGUCCCAGUGAAGGCUGCUGACAUCCAGCUUUUCUUCUACGACGCUUGGGUGGCGGGCCACAGUGUCCUUGAAACAGAGGCCCAGGCCGCACUGCUGGACAAGUCCCCAGCCUUUGAGGUGACGAAGCAUCUCUCGGCGCUGCGUGGGCUCAUGGACUCCCACAUGUUCUCUGCGCCGAUCGCUACCUUGAGCGAGCCUGACAAAGAAGCCUUGGACAUUGACGCCUGGAAGCUGCAGGAGAAGCAGAUGAAGUACGACAUGACUGUCUACGCGAACUGGACGAAGAAGACCAGUGACGCAGAGACUGCCCGGGAAACAGCUAGGCAAGAGUGGCGACUUAAUCGCCGUGAGAAGUGCCAGGCAGCCACCUCCAACUUCAUGGAGACCUGCUGCAAGCUUCAGGUCUGGGAUGGCAAGAAGCCUGAGCGGUCAGUCGCUGAGGCUGCCAAGUUCAAGCGAGAGCUUGCAGAGAAGUCCUGUGGAGGCUCAGACCAGGUUCCCUGCCUGGUCUACCUGAACUACACUGCCCCGUGCCUCAUCUAUGCUGAGCAUUCUGUGGCGCACCAGCACGUGCUCACCUGGGCAAUGCAUGAGUCACCUCAGUCUGCUGGCAUUUUGCUGGCCCCGGCCUUCACAUACAACAAAGGCCGCAUCCACCUUGAGGAAAAGAAGUUGCUUGAAGUCUUUACCCAGGCUCACCUCAAUGUCGACACGCACUUCUCCCUGCUGUUUUCUGAGAAGCUGGACGCACGGGACUGCCGUCCCAUGACGUACCCUGGGAGGCUUCUCUUCCCAGGAGCCGCAGAUGUGUCGAAGUCCUUGUGGGCAGGCUGUUUGCUGAGGAAGCAGCAGAGAACGGCCCCGCAGCACUUUGUGAAGAGCCAAGACCUUCGUGAGGUCGAGAACCUGGCGGCUGACUCCCUGCCGCCCUCCACGGACCUGCGUGACAACCAUGUUCAUGGUGCCUCCAAAGUUGCCCAGGUCGGGCCUCAGUCCGCUGGAGCUCUCUUGGAAGCCAUGCUGGAUGGAGUGGACCUGUCGAAGAUGAAGGGCAUGUUGCUGCUGGACCUCUUCCCCCACACUGGCGACAUGCUCGAGGCUUUUGCGUUGCAGCAGCGCCUGUACUCCAAGAAAGUCACGCUUGGAUACAUGGGCUUCUUCGACAGCCAGACGCACUUGACAUGGGCAGAGACGUUUGUGAAAGACAGCCUGGUGGACAAAAUCCUGGAAGGCAGCCUCAACAUGCCGAACGGGGAGAAGCUGGAGAAAGAGAUCAGCCCAGACUUGCUGGACAACCUGCCCCCGAAGCCCCAGCUCAAUGUGUUGGUGUGGACGAAGGACAGCACUGUUUCGUUGCCAACUGCAGUCGUGAAGAAGUGGCAAGGCCACGCCGUGGUUGGGCAGCAGUUUGCCGAGUUCCUGGAGGACUUCACCAACAAGGGGUUCACUGUGGCAGACCCAUGCCAAGAGUCCAGCGAGGACAAAGAGGAGCCAAGCAAGCGUACUGCCCCUGGGGGGGACGAAACUGGCAGCACGACCAGGUCUCCGAAGAGGGUCAAGUGCAUGGACUUGACUACUCGUCUUGUCCAGGCGAAUGCUGUGAGUGAGGCGUUGCUUUUCGAAGCAAGUCUGGCUGGCAAGAAUCCAGCAGUCCUGCAGAUCCGGGCCAACCACACUGUGUACCUGCACAACAAGACUGAGACAGAGUACUCGAGUCCAGACAAGGGCUUCCUCACGAGCUUCGGUAAAGGCCAGUUCAAGCUCGUGAAGGCCGGGGACAACCAGGCCACAGGCUACACCUUCAACCUGACAGGAUCCGAGGACUUGGUAGUCAGCAAUGGACAGGUCUGCACUGUGGGGGAGCUCGUCCAGACCAUGCGUGAGAAGAAGCCAGACUGCCAGGUCUGCUACCACAACUUGACGACUGACCCGCAGAACCCCAAGAAGUUCAGCCUCCAGCAGACCCACUGCGUCGCCUUCCAGCCCAAGGCCCUUGAGGAGAAGGACAAGCUGGACCAGAACAACCUGGGCACGAAGGAGCCGUGGACGACGUGGCAGGGAUCUGAUGCAAUGAAUUUGCUGUGGGCUGUGCGAUGGGUUACGAAGGGACUGACACCAGUCAAGCCAGUGGUCCACUUGAAAGAGAGAGUGGUCCUCAAAGCAGGCGAAGUCUGCCGCUUGUCGAAGUAA